AUGCUUGCCCAGAGCCCUAAAGGUGCACCCCCACCAACACCAUACCUUACUAUUCUAAAUACGUAUCUCAAGCCAAAAUUGCUAACGAGGUUGGAGAAACGGGUAAAGAGGAAGACAGUGGUGGAGCUGAAGGAGCUGAGCCAGCAAAUCCAAGAAACUAAAUGCCGGCGGGAAAGGCUGCUGACGGACAGCAGGCAGCUACUAGAGGAAAAAUACCGCGUGCAGGCCGAAAACCAGCUUUUCACGGAAUACUUGCGUAAAAAUAAGGAACAGUGUGAAAAGAAACAGGAGGAGCUGUGGAAGCAGUACAUCCAAGAAUGUGGCGAGAUAGAACGAGAGAGACAAGAACUGGCGUCCAGAUACAACCAGAGAAAUGCAGCUCUUCAGGCCCAGCUCCUGCAGGGCAGAAAGACCCAGAAGGAUUUGAAGCAGCAGUUGCAGGCCCUGAAGCCAAUUUACAAAGUAAAGGAGGACCAGGACAUGAAAAUACAGAGCUUGGAGAAGGAGCAAGAGAAAGUCCGAGGUGAGACUGCGGCCAAGGACCAGAAGGCACACUUCCGGUUCCUGCAGGAAAAGGCAUUGAUGGAGAAGGAGCUGGAAGAACUACACCUGAUGGAGCUGGGGCAGAUCAACACCACGGGGCUUACGAGGAAGUACAAGGCCUUGGCUCUAGCAGCCAAGCAGGCUCAUUCUGAGUUCUGUGGCAGCCUCCACAGGGAGAACCAGCAGCUACGCAAGGAGCUUCAGCAACUGAGCCAGGAGUACCGCAGUGUGGAAGCUGUGAGGAAUCAGCUGGAAAAGCACCGGCGGCUGAUGAAGGAGCAGCAGUGGUACCUAGAAGCCUUGACCAGAGGGCGGCAGCGGCUGCAGGCAGAACGCGAACGCCAUCACCAUCGUCACAACCCGUGCCUCAAGGAACAGAGAACUUCAAAGACCAUGCUGAGCACCAAAUCAAGAACAAGUUUAAAGUAAGAGCUACUACAACUGAACUGGAGCACAGGGAAUAACUACAAUCCAGCAAGUAUCCUUCGUGGAGACUAGAAACGCUUGCACAAAGGGCGGUUGAGGCAGCAUGGGCUGUGCUCCUAGCCUGGGACCCAGGUCCUGGCUGUCCGUGUCCCUGGGGCUGCGUAGACUCAGAGAUUUAGAACAGUUGGAAAUUUUUUAAUGGGUUAUACCACCCACUUUUAUAGUAGCAUUUGAAAUCCUCAGAUUACCCACUUAGGACAUGUAUUUUUACCACGCUUAUUUUUUUUCUUAGUGUGUACUCUGCAGUCCACAAAGUACGGUGUAUAACCUGUACGUUCUAUGUAUUUUGGGCCAUUUGAAGC